CAAGCUUCGAACUUUUUUUUAAGGGAAUUAGGUAAUCCAAGUAAUAAAACUUCAGCCGUUUGGAGGUACAGAUCGUGUAUAGGUGGCGAAGUAACGAUGGAAUCAUCUACUGAGAAUCUAGACACGAAGACGUCAAAAGGAGUAAAGCGUCCUGGGGAGAAAUCUGGGGACGAUGAUUACGUGAAAAAGCGAGAAAGAAAUAAUAUCGCUGUCAGGAAAAGUCGUAUGAAAGCUAAAGAACGAAUCGAGGAAACCAGACGCAGGGUAACGGAUUUAACGAAAGAAAACGAAGAUUUACGAAGUAAGGUUUCUUUACUACAGAAAGAGUUGAACGUUUUGAGGUCACUCUUCGCAAACGGAGGAAUUUCAGUGCCUUCAGAAAUAAAUGUACAGUUUACGAACUCAAACAGCGAUGGGAAUCAAGCGGUACUUUUAACAGCUGUCACGACAUCUUUGUCAAACGGAUCUAUGCAAGAUAAUCAAUUUUCUAGUGGAGAAAUUCUGGAAAAUGGAAUAACCACGCAUGGAAUCAAGAAGGAGUCAUAGCAUUUUGCUGAAGAAAUCCACAACUAGUGUUUAUCAAAGUUAUUAGUCUUAAUUUUAUACUCGAAUCUGUAAAAUCCCCACGAACGGUCCAAAAACCCGUUUGUAAACUUAGAAUCGUACAAGACAUAUUGUGUGUUUUAUUAGGGGAAUCCCUAACUUGUUGUUCCUUCUUGGGUACAAAGCUAAAUGCAACUCAAACAUUUUUUGUGUUUCAAACGAGGAGUCAAGAACUUAUAGGUUUUAAAUUUAAUUUAAUGUCGAAGUUAGUUUUAAAUCUUCCAUGUACUCAUCAGUUUGUUCAAGAAAUAGCUUUGUGACAGGUUCGGUAGAUCCGCAUUUCACUCGUUUUCUAUUUUUUUAUAAAUGGUAUCGUUAAGUUUACUUUCAUAGGAUUUCAUGUUGUAGUUAUUAUUAUCUUUUUUUCAAUUUGAAAAACAUCUCUGUUAACUUUUGUUCCGCGUUUGUUGUGAAGUUUGCAAAACCUUGAUUGCUUCAUUCAUAUAAAAGUGAAAUACGGAUAGCUGAUUGAUAACAUGAAAAAUAUUUUAUCCUCAGACUUAAUAACAUAUUAAAUAUAUGGACCUUUUAGAACUUAAUUUAUGCCUUAUUGAUACAGAUUUUAUGGAAGCUGUGUGUUAUAAGACUGAUCAGGUCUGAUAUACAUCCAUGUGAUAUAGGAUCAUGCAGCUCUUGCAAGACUUUAUGGACUACUGUCUCUGUAUUUUCCAAGACUGUUGAAGUGAAAAUACAGUUUUGUAGACCUCUGUGGGCAGUUUACCUACAAGUUUUGAAUUUAUAAUUGUGUGACAUGGGAUCAAAGCAACUUGUUAAAGUUGUGCAAUUAAUAUGCCUUGUUCUCUUUUUAACACGUAAAACAAUUAUAUUCCAGAGAUAAAUUACCACUAAGGUUAUUAUGACUACUUUUGAUCAUACCCUUGACAUGAAAAAUUAAUGGAGAUGGAUUUCCAGUUUAAAAAAUAAUUUUGGUUUUAAAUGGAAUUUCUUAUUAACUGACCAUCAGAAAACAAUUCACAUUAAUAUGGGGUGGUUCUGUUUACUUUGAACAUUUUACCCUUCUUGUAGUCACAGAUUGCAGACAUUUAAUAACUUUCAGUGUCACAAAUCAAAUGGCAGUGAGAAAUCAACCCUUUGGCACCUAUACUCACAAUGUAUCACCCCUGAAACAUGGAUUAGGUAGGAGAGUAGAGGGUAGUGAAGAGUAUUUUCGUGACUCGUGAAUGGACUAUUUUUUUUCCCAUGAAAUGUGAAAUGGCUUGUUUUUUUUCCCAUGAAUCGUGAUUUCCUUAGUAGCUAUGAGCUGUAAUUUUCCAAAAUAAUUCUGCGUGAAAUUAGAAAGAAGUAUUUAAUUAGUCAUGAA